CCCUGCCGCCUCCGCCGCGCUCCCGCCCCUCGGGCCGAGGCUGUCACCGCGCCUGGCGCCGGGCGCCGCCAGCAUGUUUGACAGGACGCGGCUGCCCUUCGUGGCGCUGGACGUGCUCUGCGUGCUGCUGGCUGGCUUACCCCUUGGUGUUCUAAACUUGGCCAAAAUAAAACCGUAUCAGAGAGGCUUUUUCUGUAAUGAUGACAGCAUCAAGUAUCCGUUCCAUGACAGUACCAUCACAUCCACUGUCCUCUACACAGUGGGGUUCACCCUGCCCAUUUUCUCUAUAAUCGUAGGAGAGGCUCUCUCAGUCUUUUAUAAUAAUUUGCACUCAAAUUCAUUUGUCAGAAAUAACUACAUAGCCACUAUUUACAAAGCCAUUGGGACCUUCAUUUUUGGGGCAGCUGCUAGCCAGUCGUUGACAGACAUUGCCAAGUACUCCAUAGGCAGACUGCGUCCUCACUUCCUUGCUGUGUGCCAGCCCGACUGGUCGCGGAUCAACUGCAGCCUGGGCUACAUUGAGAACUUCACUUGCCAUGGGGACAAAGCAAAAAUCAAUGAGGGAAGACUAUCCUUUUAUUCUGGCCAUUCUUCAUUCUCCAUGUACUGCAUGCUCUUCGUGGCACUUUAUCUUCAGGCAAGAAUGAAAGGAGACUGGGCAAGACUUGUACGUCCUACCAUACAGUUUGGUCUCAUUGCUGCAUCUAUCUACGUGGGUCUCUCACGUGUUUCUGACUACAAGCAUCACUGGAGUGAUGUUUUAACAGGACUUAUCCAGGGUGCAGUGGUAGCUGUGCUCAUUGUUGUGUAUGUGUCGGACUUCUUCAAAGUAAGGGGAUGUACAUUUCAACCAAAAGAAGAUUCCCACACAACCCUCCAUGAGACUCCAACAAAUGGAAAUCACUUUGGCAGCAAUCAUCAACCAUGAAGAAUGACCACAUCACCUGUGUUGCUCUGAAAGAAAACAAUUUCACAAGUCUAACUAUGUAAUAUAAGUAAAUGCCUUUAAGGGACUGCUGCUGCUCUUGGAUGCUCACUUUACCUGUAUAUAGUAACAUCUACCACAGUUAUUGUAUAUCUAAACUUUGGAUUUCUGUUGGUUCAAGCUCUUGCUUAAAAGAAAGCUAUUAAAUUGUAAAUUUUUAUUGAAAACAGUAACAAGUUAUAUUACAUACACUGCUGUUUGUACAUGCCUUGUUGAAUCAACUGUGGUUUAAGUAAACACCAUUAAAAGGAAUUACUUGAUAUGGAAGCCA